AUGGUCUGGAAAGAAGAAGAGCUUAAUAAAUGGUUCCAUCCAGAUGAUAUCAGAGUGAUCUUAGAAGUCCAACUUCCUUUAUUUCCAAAAGAGGACAUUCAAAUUUGGGGUGGUACUCAAAAUGGGAUAUUCACAGUUAAAUCAGCUUAUCACUUUUUGUGUAAUCAACAAGCUCUCAAAGACAAGCUUAAAGCCUCAUCCUCCGGUACUCUUAUCCCUCAAGUGCCCAAGCCGGUAUGGAAAUUAAUUUGGGGCUGUAAGACCAUUCCCAAGAUUAAGACUUUUCUUUGGAAGGCCUGCGGUUUUGGCUUAGCAACAGGUGAAGGCCUCCACCAUCGGCAGAUUACUGUGGACCCAGCUUGUCAUCGAUGUAGUGAACCUAUUGAAUCCAUCGAUCACAUUCUCUUUCAAUGUGAGUUUGCUCGGGCAGUCUGGUUCGGCUCCCCUCUUACUAUUAACUUUGGAAGUGAGAAUAUGACCUUAGUGGAGUGGAUAUCUAGCUGGACCAAACUUCUCGCUAAGGAUAAAGCUAAUGGUCAUUUAGUCAUUAGUCUCUGUUCCUUUCUCUGCUGGUUCAUCUGGAAAGCGAGGAAUAACUCCAUCUUCAAUCAAACAACUACCUCUCCUUCAGCAGUUUGCUCUAUGGCGGUCAAGGCCUAUGAGGAAUUUUGGAGCUCAAAAGGAGAUACAGCAUUGCCAAACCAAGCUUCACCUCAUAGCACGCCAACAGUACAAGGCUGGACCCCUCCUCCUUACCCCUCUAUGAAGCUGAACUGUGACGCGUCUAUUCAUGGAGAAGGUAAGCUAUCCAGUAUUGGCUUUGUUGUAAGAAACUCAACUGGACUUUGCACUCUGGCGGUAUCGGAUCCCCUGCAUUUCACUACUCCUCUUCAAGGAGAAGCUUUGGCUAUCAGGUCUAGAUUACUACACGCAUUGGGUGACUGCAUUGAGGACAUCAUGGUAGAGUCGGACUGCAAAGAGCUGUUGGAUCUUCUUUCUCGUGGCAAGGAUUCCUCUCCUCCCAUAUACAUUCUCCCCAUAGUUGAGGACAUCGUAUACCUGUCUACUAUGUUUUGUAAAUGCCAGUUUGUUUAUAUUCCAAGGUUAAGCAAUGUUGUCGCUGAUACCUUGGCCAAGAAGGCGUUGUCUAUUACGGGUAUGACAACUUGGCCAGUUUCCUCUUCAUGGAUAAUCAACCUUUGCAAAGGUGAUACCAUGUGUAAACCCCGUUCCUCUGAAUAA